AUGACAUCUUUACCAACUGAACUUUAUCAUCAAAACAAUUCAAGCAAAUUAUUUACAACACAAUUGAGCAAUAUUGAUACUAUGGAUGAAAAUAAAUCUCAACGUGAAUUGGGUAUUAUUGAAAAACUUUGUUCAACUUAUGGUUUCGUUUAUUGUUGUCAUCGUGAUGGUCGUUAUUUUUUUCACUUUAGUGAAUAUAAAAAUGAUAUUCAACAAGCUAAAAUAGGAGAUGUUGUUGAAUUUGAAACAACAAUUGAUAAACGAAAACAAAAACCAGUUGCAGUAAAUAUCAUACCUGCUAGUCCGGAAAUUAUGGGUGAAAAUCGUGUUGAAGGUACAAUUGCAGUAGUUGCUCGACAACAAAAACCUAAUGGCUUUGAUCCGUUGAAUUUUCUACCCGAUGGCAAAGUAACUUAUGUGAAAAAAGGUGAAACUUAUUUUUUACCAUAUGCUAUGGCAGAUCUUCAAGAUUCAAAUAUACCAGUUAAAGUUGGAGAUCAAGUCACUUUUAAUGUUAGUCAAGAUCGUCGUACAAAUCAAUUUUUUGCAAGAAAUAUUGUUAUUACUGAAAAAAAUCUUCCUCCAGUAGUAUUACCUCUAAAACGUUAUCGUGGUGUUAUAUCAACAAUGAAAGAUAGUUUUGGUUUUAUUGAAAGAGAAGAUGCACUUAAAGAAAUAUUUUUUCAUAUUACUGAAUUUGGUCCUAAUGUAGCAACGAAUACAAUUCAACUUGGUGUUGAAGUCGAAUUUGAUAUUCAAAAUAGACAUAAUAAAGAUGUGGCUAGUAAUAUUGUAAUAUUAGCAAAAGGUACUGUCCAAUUUGAUGAUAUUGAUAAAACUCCUUAUAUUGGUCGAGUACUACAAACAUUACAAUUGAAAACAAAAAAAACAGGUGAUACAUUAAUUGGUCGUCUGAUUUAUGAUACAUUAGACAAAAAAAUGACUGAAUUACCAUUUGGUGAACGAGAUCGUUGUGGUUUAUAUACUCUGCUUGAAAAUGAUAUCGUUCAAUUUGUUAUUGCUAAAGAUAAACGUGAUGGUAUGAUACGUGCUACGCAAAUAUCUUUACUUGAUCAAAGUUUUCUUAAAUCAAAGGAACAUCGAGAAAUGGGUAUUGUUGUAAAAUUAGAUAGUACAACAGGUGGUGGUCAGAUUAAAUGUUUAUCAUCGGAUCAAAUAGUUUUAUUUCGAUUUAGUGAAGUAAUGAAAGAUAAGUUUCAAAUAUGUGAAGGUGAUCCAUUAGAAUUUUCAUUAGCUAUUAAUCCAGAUAAUGUGGAUUUACCGCAUGCUAUUCGAAUAAAAUUAUUAUCUAAAGAUAAUUUAUUAUCGAUGGUGAAUGGUCAUGAAUUACGAUUAACUGGCAUCGUCGAACGAGAUCCUCAAGAAGGACAGUUAAAUUCGGAAAAUAAAUCACAACAAUUAAAUGGUAAUGAUUCUAUAUCUAUUCCGAUAAGUCGACAACAAGAAUCAGGUAUUAUUCGAUAUGUAUGGAAUGAAACUAAAGCUUCAAUUCAAUUUUUAUCAACAAAUAUUAGUAAUACAUCAGCAUUAUAUUGUGGUGAUAAAGUUGAAUUUGGUUUGAUAUCUGGUAGUAAAUUCGCCACAAAUGUAACAUUAAUCGAACGAAAUCGUGUUCAUGGUUGGAUUGCAAUUAUACGUGAAGGAAAAGGAUUUAUUGAAGAAUAUAAUACAACGAAUAAUAUAGAACCAAUUGUUUUUACCAUUAAUUCAUUUCCUGGUGAUGGUACACAAAUCGAUUUAGGUGAUGAAGUUGAGUUUAGUAUAAGACAAGUUUCGAAUCGUUUAAUAGCUGAAAAUAUUCUUAAAGUAACAUCAACUAUUAAUAGUUUCUAUUCAAUACUUCCAACAACUUAUCGUGGCCGUGUUUUAUCACCAAUAAGAUUAACGAAUACUGAUGAAUGUGAAAUACUUGGACGAAUUCAAAAAUUAACAGAUGAUGGUACACCUGGUGAAUUUUAUACUUAUAGUAUCACAGGUGUUAAAAAUAAACGAAUGAUUUUAUUACCAAAUGAUUUGGUAACAUUUUCUAUUGCUGUUGGUCGUGAUUAUUCCAAACGUGCCGUAAAUAUUAUUUUAGAAAAUGAAAUGCGUAAAGGAAAAAUUGAUACAGUUAAAGGACAAUUUGGUUUUAUUGAUUUUGCAUGUGAAGAAAAUAAGAAAAUAUUUUUUCAUAAUUCUGAAGUUGAUGGUGGAUUUGAAUUACGUGCCGGUGAUGAGGUCGAAUUCUAUGCACAAUAUAAUCAAAAAACUGGUAAACCAUGUGCAAGUAAAUUACGUCGAACUAAUAAUCUUCAACGACCUGAUCGAUUGAUAACAAAACUUAAGACAGUUAAUAUCGAUGAAAAUAAAGGUCAGAAAUUAGUUAUUGUUCGACAACCACGAAAUGCUGAUGAAAAAUCAAAAGGUUUUAAUAAUAAUCGUAUUGAACGUGCACCUGGAGUAUUAAUAAAAACAUAA